AGCCGUUGUGGCAGCACAUGCCUGCCUUGCCCCUGCGCGGCGCGGCCGCCCAGCGGGCGCCCGGGGCCGCCCCCGGGCGCGGGCAUGGGCUGCGCCCACGGGGGCCCCGGGGGGAGGCCGCCCCCCGCCGUGGACCAAGGGCCCUCGUCGAUACACCCCUGGUCCAACGAUGACCAGUCGGGUGCGUGGGACACGCCUCCGGACGAGGAGGCGACGCGCGUCUUCUACGAGAUGGCCGUGAAGAGGAUGACCAGGAAGAUGAAGGACGUCCAGAACGAGAGCGAGUCUCCAAAGGGCGGCGACGUGGUGGGCCGGCGACGCUCCGACGCGGUCGGCCCGCGGCGCUCCCAGGGCGUCGGCAGGGUGGCCUCCGUCAGGAGGGAGCACAGGGCCGAGGCCGCUGGUGGCCGCGGGGCUGCGAUCGGCAGGAUGCUGUCGCGCAGGCAGCCGCCGUCGGUCGACAUGAUCGACAUCGACCCGCAGAGCGCUGCGUUCCGGAUGACGCCCGACCACCUGCGGUGCAUUGCCGAGGAUCUCGAUUUCCAGGACCUCGGCCACGACGAGAUCGCAAGGAUUUGGGGCAACAUCCCGAAGGCCAAGGACGGGAGCGUGGGGCAGGAGCAGUUCGCAGCGGCCGUAUCGUCGGGGAACGGAGCGCCGACUCUGCGCCUGCUCGUCAAGAAGCUGCGCCAGGGCUUCGACUACGGCUUCACCGUCCCUGACGACUUCGACUACUCCAGAUCGACGAGCGACAACUACAGGGUCGACACCAGAGAGUUCGCGCACGAGUUCGCGCACCUGCGGCGCCGGCUCGACUUCGGGUACCAUUCAAACUACACGAUGGAGCGGCAGCGUUGGCAAGACGAGGCGAUCAAGAGCGCGGUCGUGCGCUCCUCCCAGCAGCCAGCACCCUGGCUCGUCUUCACGUGCGGGCCCAUGGGCGUCGGCAAGGGCUACUGCGUCAGCUGGAUGUCCAAGAAAGGCUUCUUCCCGCUGGAGAACAUCGUCCACGUCGACCCCGACGGGUUCAAGAUGAUGAUGCCGGAGUGGUCGAAGUACGUCAAGCGCAGCGGCGACGAGGCGGGCACCCUCUGUCACCAGGAGUCCGCGCUGAUGAUGGAGAUCGCGCAAGG